UGAACCUCCCCCACUUGGCCCCUUUUUUUCCCGUCCCAGUUGAAGCUUAGGGCAAGUUGCCGAGGGCCACCGCCGCCGCUGCUCCUCGACGCCGUUCUCCGCCGUUAACAGCUGUUUUCGUGCCUAUCCGCCGCGAUGUCUCAGGUUGACAGCAGAAAUUCAUCCGCGACCAAGCGUGCUAGAACUGACGAUGGUCGCAGAGAAGAUGAUUGGACCUGCCCCAGUUGUGGAAAUGUUAAUUUUUCGUUCAGGACAACUUGCAAUAUGCGUAAUUGUACUCAGCCCAGGCCUGCAGAUCAUAAUGGAAAGUCUGCUCCAAAGCCUAUGUACCAUCCACAAAAUUACUCAUCACCAGGACCAUAUAUCGGUUCGGGAGGCCCCCCUUCAGUAUACAUGGGCGCCUCUCCAUACGGAUCUUCCCUCUUUAAUGGGUCUUCCAUUCCUCCUUACGAUAUUCCAUUCUCUGGGGGUUCGCCUUAUCAUUUCAAUUAUAACAGCCGGAUCCCUGCGGCAGCUCCUUAUAGAACACUUCAUAUGUCUGGACCACCGCCAUACUCUGUCGGAUCUAUGAUGGGAAAUGGCAUGUACGGGAUGCCUCCACCAAUGGACAGGUAUGGCCUUGGUAUGUCCAUGGGUCCUGGUCCUGCAGCUGCUAUGAUGCCAAGAGCAGGGUUCUAUCCAGAUGAGAAAACUCAGAAAAGAGAUUCAACUCGCGAUAACGACUGGACAUGUCCCAAUUGUGGUAAUGUGAACUUCUCAUUCAGAACUGUAUGUAACAUGAGGAAGUGCAACACUCCAAAGCCUGGAUAUCAGGUUGGGGGCUCAGACAACAAAAGUUCCAAACAAAAGGCGCCUGAAGGUAGCUGGAAGUGCGAUAAGUGUGGAAAUAUAAACUAUCCAUUCAGGACCAAGUGCAACAGGCCGAACUGUGGAGCUGAUAAACCAGUGGAGGACGAAAGAUCUCCUUCCCCAGCACCAGACGAGAAUGAUCAGUGAGUCGUAGACAGUGUCUGAGGGUUGAGAAGGUCAUCAAGCGUUUGCUCAAUAUGGGUGUCCUAAUGUCAGUCGUUGUCGUUCGGGUCAUCGUCCAUGUUGCUGCGGUCGUCAAAAAGUCACCGUGUGUUCUGUUUUUUUAUUUAUAUAUCCCAUAUAAGCUGGGGGACUGUUGUAUUAUUGCCAAAGUACUGCUUUAUGUAUUUUUGGAUCCUCCUUAGAAUUCCCCAAUGUCACAAUCUGACUUAGUGAAACUGCUAUAAUUAUCUUA